AUGUUCAAUAGAAGAAGGGAAGCACUGGAAAACUACAACAUGGACAGAAUGUACGAGCAACAAGAAAUGAUGCAUUAUACUCCCAGCCACAUGCGGCCAUAUCACGAGGACGAAUCUGAGGAGCCUUUGGGCCCGGUAGUCUAUGAAGAGAAUGAUACCAUUCCCACCCACAAAAAGUUUAGUUUAAAGGGCAUAACCAAGUUUCUUAUGAAAAUAGUUGCAGUUAUAUUCGCAGGCGUAUUUUUGUAUUCCGCUUCUAGAUUUUUCAAGUUUGCCAGAGGCUGGCUGGUUGAGAAAUACAACCCAGACAAUGUAAUAAUAUUGGAGCAUAGGCGAAAUGCCUAUGAAAACUGGCCUAGAAAAUAG